CCAUACCUUCCCCUACCUUCAUACGUUCGCUCACUCGACUCUUUUUACGCCUCAACGACCGCCUCCACCACCGCCAUCAACCGUAACACAUUCCAUCCCCAACGACGAGCACUACCCACAUCACUCACUUAACACACACCACUCUUACCACCAUCCACCACAACACAAAUAAUCCUCGACGCGAUAGACUCCCGUUUUUUUCGCUGAGGAUUAUUUCAUCUCUCCCGCCACCACAACCCCCCCCCCCUUCUAAACUUCGAUAGUCGUCGAACUAUUACACCUUUUUUUUCUUUUCUUUUCUUCUUUUUCUUCUUUCCCUUCUUUUCUUUUUCUGGUUUAAAUUCUUGUUCAGGAGCAAUCACUCAUAUUUUUUUCCCUUUCCCUCGCUCCCACACCCAACCCCCCCGCGCUUUUCGGGUUUACGUUUUUGCUCGCGACCACUACCGCUUGCAUUAACCAAAACCCAUUCAUUACGCCAUGCCUCCUAAGGAAUCGAAGGCCUCUCCGGCUCCUGGAGUUGCAAGGCCAUCACGCCCUUCGCGACCGUCAACCCGUCGCUCUACACCUGUUGGUACACCUACAUCCACAAAACCUUCCGGCCAAACCUUAUCUUCCGUGCAACCCCAAGCAUCGACCUCGACUCCCACAACACAAGAAGACACGCCUGAAGAUUGGUCCGAACCCCCCUUGGCCACGCCUAAAGCAUCCUAUAAAGAAUAUGACGAUAAGGCGUCUGUGAACACAUCUACACAGCACAUGUUACCUUUGGGCGAGCUACCUUCAACUAAGAUGGUGGAGGCAACAUCACGACAGAGGUCGGGUCAACCGGCAAAGAAGAAAAGAGGGAAGCUGGCUGCAUCCACCCCUGUUCCUGCCGCUACUACUCCGGCUGCUGUUUCACCGCCGACAGCCGCAAUGGAAGCGAGUGUGAGCCCUGCGAAUGGUACUGCGAUAGUGGGAACGGGAGCAAGAGGGAAUGGAGGAGUAGGGGUAGGGGGAGCAGGACAAGGUCCAUUGACGAGCGGGGGAACACCGGUUCCUGCACCAGUAGCACCAACGGCACCAGUAGCAUCCGUUCGUCCAGUUCAAACUUCUAAGGUUAAGCCCGACGUCAGUUCGACUCCGGUAGUGACUGCUUCGUCACCGGCUGCUCCCUCACUUUCACGGUCGCCAGGUAUCAACCCGCAGACCCCCAAUAGUGCCAACGGGGCUCGUCCGUCCACAACCGCUCCAUCGAAUGUCUGGAUUAAUGGCCAAGCCCCAAAUAGUAAGACUCCACAGGGACGUCAUCGCCUUGAAAUGGUUGUUGAUGCCGCCAUCGAACGAAGUACUCAGAUUGGAAAUUUGGGGUUGGGUCGCGCGAUCAAAAAACUGUACGAUGAGUCGUUGUCUAACAACUUGUUGGCGGAUUUAUUGGAUGCGGUCCUGGCGCAGCGGGCGACGCCAGCACAGGAGCCGGCAGCAGAAGUCAAUGAAGCAAACGGUUCUACUUCCUCGUCCUCUGCGACGGCAGCCGGCAUCAAGAGAGACAAAGUGGAGAAGGAAAAGAAGGAAAAGGUAGACAAAAAGGCUGACAAAAAGGACAAGCGAAAGAACGGGGUGGGGCGCGGUCGAGGUGCUAAGGACCAGGAAAACAAAGUUGGCGAGGAGUCAGAAUCCGAUUUGAGUUCAGUUCUCUCAGAACUGUCUGACGAGCGCACAAAGCCUGAAAAUGCUAGCGCUUCAGUAGGCUCUCAACCCGAGAGCUCCCACUCAUCGCCGGCUAUUGGUUUUACACCUAUGAACCAACUCGCAUCUCGCCCCAAGGGGACCUCUGAGCGAGCAUCUAAUGGACCUAAGAACGUCCCGGCUGACGACGAGGUGCGAACUGAGAGCAAUGUUCGGGAUCCCCCGCCUCCAUCUAGUGUACCUCGUGGGACAAGGGCAACCGCAACUAAUCCUAGGAAGCGGGCGAGGAGCCUUAGCACAGCUUCAACUCCGCCACCGGCCGGGUCUAAUUCUGCAUCCUCUAAUACACCUUCUACCUCUGGUGCAGCAUCUGGAUCUGGGUCCGGCGCUGUUGGAACUCCUAAUAUGCUCCCAGCGCAGCCUCCGAAGAAAAAGCCGAAGGGAAACAAGAUCAAGAUUUCAUUGCGGGUUAGUCCGGUCAAAAAAGCAGCAGCGGAACCGAUUGUUGUCACAGCUGGGAUUGGUGAUCUUAGUGACAAUAGGCGGGUCCGGUAUGGGUCUGAGGAGGUUUCGGAGAACGAAGAUGUAUGCGCUGUCUGCAAUGGGCCGGGUCGUUUCCUCUGCUGCGAACGCUGCCCUCGAUCAUUCCAUUUUACCUGCCUGAACCCUCCCCUCGAGGAGGUUCCAGAGGGUAUGUGGUUCUGCAACAAGUGCACAACACAGCAUAAUCCGCCGCCUAAACCGCCCCGUGGGCUUUUUGUGGAUCUUCUAGACAACAUAAACAGAAGGAACCCUUCCUCCUUUAGGCUACCCUCGGAGAUUCGUAAUUACUUUGUUGGAGUUGAGACUGGACCUUUAGGCGAAUAUGUGGAUGUUAGGGAUAACAAGACGCAGAGAUUUGGAAGGAGCGGGUUUCCGGAAGAAUACGAUACCCACAGACUUAAGGACAAGAGCGGGAAUAUCAUUCUCUGCCAUAGUUGUCGAAGGUCUGCUGCUGAUGGUCAGAGAAUCAUCUCAUGCGACUUCUGUCCGUUAAAUUGGCAUUUGGACUGUGUCAGCCCUAUGCCAAUGCCAAACCCCCCGCCGGCGCAGAAGAAAUGGAUGUGUCCGGCCCAUGCAGAUAUGUACCAGCCAAGACGGCCCAAGAAGGCAGUUAUAGUUGAUGCGUACCUACGCAGGGGAAUGAAAAACAAUGGGGUCAUUGAGAUUGAGAACGAAGAAGAGGAGACUUUUGAGGAACUCCUCAUCAGUGGCGUUGUUUAUCGCCUUCCGGAGCGUGGUAUUAAGCUAGAUUUUAUUGAGAAAGUUAAAAAUGAGCGUGAAUAUGCUCAGAAACGCCGCAAACUUGACACUCAUGUGCUUGGAAAUUGUACACCCAUACCUCAGACCCCAAUCGCGAAUCUAAUAUCUGUUCCAAUCGAGGGAGUUCCGGACGAACUUCAGGCGACUGUCCAGUCCUUGAUUGAACUGAGCACCAAGGAAAGGCUCAGCGGACCUCUCGACCCUAAUGGGCUUGGUGGCCUAGUCUCGGUUCUCAUUGAGAAAGCGCCUGCGGAUGUAAAGGCACUCCUCGUGGAAAAAUCGUCGAUACCCCCGAACCAGCCAUUGUCGCCGGCGGCCUCGUUGGAUACAGCGCUUACUCCUAACUUGGAGAUCGAGAAACGUCGACUUCUGGCUCUACAAGAACUAAUCACUCGCCGUAUAGAAAUCAUUAAUUGUUCGACACUACCGAUUAGCCCUGUAGUGCCUCAGCCACACCUGGCUGUAGCAGAGAGUUCAUGAGUGGGUUUACGUGAUGUGAUGUUACCUGGAGGGGCAGAAAUUCCCCAAAAAGGAUGCUAUCGAGUUCGGAAAAGUUAUGUUAGGGUGCACAGGACGCGAGCCGGGAGGGGGCUCCAAGAUACGGACUGGCUGGGAAUGGAGGGGAGUCUACUGGUAUGGAGGGGGGGGUCGAUGAAUAGUUUCUGCGGUUGGGUUCUUUUUCCUUUUUCUUUUAAAAGCUUCCUUUCCCACUUCAUUUUACAUGCGAUAAACCGUGUAACCUUAUCCUUAUUUUCCCCUCAUGACCUCUAUCCACUUUUUUUUAUAUCGUCGUUGCAAUAAUUCUCUUACAAAGUGGAUUAUCCCUGAUGUAGCAUCAUUACUCAGUGGCCUCUAAAAUUCUUAUUGAGUCUUUUA